UGUAUGCACCCUCAUACUUCCUCCCCCUGUUUUCCUGCAGAUAAGUGAACUGGUCCCCACUCCUCCACCCCUCUCGUGUUAGAUGGUACAACCCACUGCCAUGCUCUAAUCAGCCACCUCUUUCUGUCUCUGUCUCUCUAUCUCUAUCUGUCCCUCAGAAAGCAAGGAUCCAGAUCCUCUCACACACUCUUGAGUUGCCGCUUUUAUUUCUCUCCUCCUCCGCUUCCUCUCUUGUUAUGACCCAUUUCAGGAGCGACUGCCACCGAGACAAACAAACCGGGAUGAACAGUGAGCUGAGAGCCGUUCGCACCGCAGCAGCAAAGAGAGGAACCGGCGCCCCCGACAGAUCUGAAUAUGAUUUGGAGUAUGACCGGUAUCCUGAUGACCCCUAUAAUCGGGUGUUCGACUACCAGCGUGUCCCCUGUUCAGUCCCAGCGGAACCCAGCCAUGUGAAACGGCCUCGCCCUUCAUCAUCCUCCUCGUCUUCCUCCUCAACAGCGGCUCUGAGAAUGAAGAGCAGCAGAGCGUCCAGCAGGAGCAACAGAACGCACACCUCCUCCGACAGCAACCAUGACAAAUUGAAGAUGGCAGAGCUUCUUGCCAUAAAGAGGGAGCUGACAGUCAUCAAGGUUCAGAUCGAUGGCCUGCUGGAAUGCGUCGACAAGAUGGACAGACAGAGGAAGGACUGCUCAGAAUGUCCUCAGAGCAGGGAGCCCAGUGCGAUGGACUCUCCUCACCAAGGGUCCGUCAGCAGCCUGGAGAGAGACAGUCCUGAACCAGGAGAGGCCAGCGAAGACGAGCUGCUGCACUACCAGCACUACUACCCCAAUACCCACUCCCAUAGGAUAAAGCAGCGUCAGUCUGACCAGGAGGACGAGCUGUGAGAGCACAGCUCAGGUCCUUUCAGAACCAGAAGGGCACAUCAGUAACUGUUGGGUUGGAAGAUGCUUCAAGAAGACAACAUGAACUUCAUUAGACUGAUUUUCUUCCAGACAUACAUUUAUACAUUACCGUCAGUUUGACUUCUAUUGUAUUGCACCAUCUUCUGUUCUGAUGUCUCAAAUGUGCUCCUGAUAGAUGACUGCCUCCAGUACUCCAUAACAUGUAGCUAUGACACAAGAAGAAGGCUCAUCAUCUUCACACUGAGCAAUUUACCUGAUUUUAUUUCUGAUUUUCUCCUUAAUGACAGGGUCAAGGAUAUGUUAACACUUUUGUAUAACAAAAACAGGAUUUUACGGCCCCUGAAUUGAACUUAGACCUUAUUGGCCUUUUUCUUUAAUUAUUUUUUGACUAUUUGCCCAACUCACCUUGCUUCCCAUGUUGGACUGCAUUCUGAUCACUGUUAAUAAAGCCUGCGUGGCAGCAGCUGGCGGCUCCUUAUCACACACAUUAUUUUCAUCAGGCCUGUUUUCAUUUUGUGUUACCAGCUGUGUACAGGACCACAUUAUGGUUGUGUUAAAGGAUCAGUGAGCACGGUUUUAUGAGUCUGGGUGAAUUACACUAUUCAGUUCACUCAGGAAAUCAGUAAUAAAAUGAUACACAGACUGACAAUUUCCUGAAAUGAGCGCUAGCUCUGAAUAUAAAUUGCAUGCAGUGGAUAUAAAACAGAAGAUUACACAGAGGAUUACGUUUUUCCACCAUGAAAUGAUUAUAUGACAGUAUGAGAGAUUGCUACAUUUUCCCCAGUUAGUCCAUUAUAACACAGUUUGGUUUAGGUCAGUUUAGCACAGUAUGAGAUUUUGUUAAGAUAAUGGAUUAAUUUGACAAAUAAAACAUUAAGUUUUAUUUUAGCUAAAAUUGUUUAAAAAUCAGGUUAGUGAUUGUUUCUGCUUAGCAGAUAAUUUGAUUAGCUGACAGAUUCUUGAGCACAGUUUGCAUCAGGCUUCAGUUACAUUAAAAGCCCUAUUCAGACCAUAUAUUAGCAUCCGUCCUGGGCAAUCCAAUCCAAUGUGACCAUCUUAGUACAAGUAUCUAAAUGUGAACACACCUAGGAUGCUGUGAGGUUACAUUUUGGUGAUCCGGUCUCACAGUUAACACCAAUUACUCAGCAGAGGGGCUCUUGUAAGUGGAACAAAAAAGCACAACCGCUACUGGCAAUCAAAUGAUUGACAGAGAAGAAAGCAGCACCAUAAUGUGGUGUCUGUUGAUGAGAUCUUUUUAAAACAUUAUUUCCUUAUUGCUGUUAAUUAAUUUAAUACGAAAUAAAUCUAAGUAAGAAUUAACAAAUUAAAUUAGUGAAUGAGUAACUGUGUGUCUGUUAUAGAAAAAUGAAAAUAAAUAACAUAACGUGGUUAGUUAUUUAUGCGAUUGUGUUAAUGUAUAUUACACAUUUUAUUAUCCUUAUAUAAAGAGCUAGGGUGGAGAAAAAAUAACAGAACUUAACACAUGUCUCUCCAGUGAGUCAGAGAGACUUCAGAGCUUGUCUCAAAAUACAGAUCAUUUCCCAAUUGUCACAAAAAAAUAGCUGUGUGUGGUUCAGAUACAGAGGUAGGUAGAGAUCCAUUAAAGGCAGCAGUUGUUAGAAUAUUCUGAAUAGCCCCAACUAAUAAACUAAUCGUUUAUUCAUUUGAAUGAUUGUGAAAUGGCGAACGGAUCUCUGCAGCUGGCUGGGGAUGAAUUUGGAGACUAAUUUUUUUGCCAGGUGUGAACACAGACACCUAAAGUUGGACAUUUGCAAUCAGGUUCCCCAGCUCAGAUGUGUUCAAGGUAUGAACAGGGCCUACGGCUUCUUUUGGAGUUAAACAGUGAAGUUAAGCUUACCUAAAAGGUGGACGGGAGUCAAAAUGUUUGGUUAGUUAACAGAUUACUUUGCUUAAGCUUUUUAGCAAAUCAAAGUAUUUGCUUCGGGCUACCUGGAUCAGUUCGACAGCUUAAAAAAUCAUUUAGAAACAAACCAUAGUAGCUAAUGGAUUACUGUAGUACAGUCUGUUGGAUGCAUGUAAGAAGCUAUUGUGCUAACCCUGGCACACUGCCCUUUUUAACAAGUCAGUAUUCACUGCUGUGCUUUGCUAUGGUGAAAGUACCAAGGGUUAGCUUUCAAGACAAGUGAUGAAGCUUUGCCAUGUCAAACUUUGCUUCUAAUUUCUGUUUGUAGACAAAAUUAGGUGCUGGUACACUGAAUAGUUGAUGAACUGCAGUGAUUUGGUUAACACCCCAACCUUUCUCUUAGCACCACUCUCAGGUCAAAACCACAUGGUGAUCCAUUGGAUUGGCUUAUCAUGCUAUUUGUUCUAUGCUUGCCAUUAGUUAGAAAACAAUAAAGCUAUUCAUACUGUGUUAAUUUUUGUGGCCCAGUCGUGCAGUUUGAUAAUGCACGGCAGCUGACUAUACAGUACUAUCAUAGACAAAGCACAAAUACACAGCAAGUGUGUAACAUUUACUAUGUCACCAUGACCUCUCAACACAAAGAUCCAGCGUCAUACAACUGGUUUUAGUUUAGCCGGUUCCUGUUAUAUUUGUCUUCCAUUGUAAUUCAUGGUAUCAUGCUGAAACACUUUUCAAGGUGGACAAUUGUGACCUAAAUAUGUCCAGAGCAUUCACUUUGAAUAUUUGUCAGUUAAAAAAAAAGACAGUUGAAUAUAUUUAUGUGUACAGAAGUGGCUCUUUAUAUGACAACAUUGACAUAUGAACUUUUAAAAUGGUAACACUGAAAGAAAAAGAAAAUAUUAAGAAAUCCCUAAACUGCAGAUAUCCAUUUGGAAAUGUUUUAUUUGGCCUUACUCUGGCUUCCGCUGUUAGUGUUUUUCUGUUUGUUCAGCGCUGAAUGUAACCCAUUACAUUGUGGAUGUAUUAAAGGUAUUUUUCAUAAAA